GGGCACCGCCUCCGCGCACAAGAUGGCGGCGCGGGCGGGCCGGGGCGGCGGGCAGUGAGCGGUGAGGGGGUCGGGCUGCCCCGGGCCCGCCAUGACCUACACGGCGGAGCAGCUGGACGGCGUGCGGCGGAUAAAGAGCUGCCGGAACUACUAUGAGAUCCUGGGCGUGGAGCGGGAUGCCACCGAGGAGGACCUGAAAAAGGCCUACCGCCGCCUGGCCCUCAAGUUCCACCCCGACAAGAACCGCGCGCCCGGCGCCACGGAGGCCUUCAAAGCAAUAGGCAAUGCUUUUGCAGUUCUGAGCAACCCCGAAAAACGAUUGCGAUACGAUGAAUAUGGAAGUGACCACGAGCAUGUCAGCACCGGCCAAGCCAGGCACUAUAAUUACUACACAGAAUUCGAAGCAGACAUUACACCAGAAGAAAUAUUCAACGUGUUUUUUGGUGGGCACUUUCCAACAGGAAAUAUCCACAUGUUCUCAAAUGUAGCCAGAGAUGCACACUAUUAUCCACGGAGGCACCGAAAUGAAAGAGCAUGGACACAGGAGCAAGAGGAAGAAGAAAACAGGCCACAGAACUCAUAUUCUGCAUUUAUUCAGUUGAUGCCCAUUUUCAUCAUCAUAAUUGUGUCGGUUAUAACUCAGCUGAUGGCCACUAACCCACCCUACAGCCUGUUCUACAAAUCGUCCAUAGGCCACGUUAUUAGCAGAGAAACAGAGAACUUGCAGGUGCCUUACUAUGUUGAUAAAAACUUUGAGAAGAAUUAUCAAGGAGCAGAACUUCAAGAGCUAGAGAGAACAGUUGAAAAAGAUUACAUAGACUAUAUUCAGACCAGCUGCUGGAAAGAGAAGCAGCAAAAGUCUGACUUGUCAAAUUUGGCCAAGCUGUACCGAGAUGAGCGGUUAAAGCAGAAGGCGGAGUCACUGAAACUCGAGCACUGUGAGAAGCUCUCCAGUCUGAUCGGAAUGCACAAAGGGGGCUGAGCGGGGCCUCCGUCCCUUUUAUUUAUUGCUGUUUUAAAUUAUGGUUUUAUUUUCCUUUGUAUAAAAGGGGAAGGAGUCUAUUGCAGAGUCUGAAUACUCGAUUCCUUCGUGCUGUGCAGAGAUGGGCCGACACGGGCUGCAGAGCUGUGUUUGCUUUAAUAUACUGUACACUCUAUUUGGUUCCGAGGACCAGUGGCACUUUGUAAAUUAAUUCUCUGGGAAAUGCUAUGAGUUUGGAACGUGUCUCCGUUUGUAGUCUGUCUGCCAUCCAAACCGUGUACUUCCAGGGGAGCACACAAGUCUCCUAUGCUAUCUGUAUUUCCUGUCACGGCGUCGUCCCGCUGACACCACCUGGCUGUCCUUCCCUCUGCACUGCUCUGAGGAGACGGAGGUGAAAGGUAAUGCUCAGUAGGUGCAUCAGCAGGGAUCUGAGCGUGCUGCCGUUGCUGUGAGGGACCUGACCGUGUCCUGGUGUGGAUGAGAGCUCUGAGCCUACAGGCAGCAAUGCUGAACAAGCAGGUGGGAGUGCAGCGUGGGCCGGGCCCAGCAACGGCCGAGCUGUGGGGAAAGGACAGCCCUGUUUGUUCCAUCCUGUGUUCCCAGUGGCGUAGUUCUGAGCUGGCUGUGUAAUUCUCAUUCUUCCUGGCAAACUCUUCUCCAGCUGUGGCAGGGGCCCUGCGUUUUCCGGUACGGUUUUAAUGUAGCAUCUUUCUACUCUGUUGAACAGUUAUGAAUGUUUCACUGUAGAGACUAGCACUGCAAAGAAAGAGAUCCGUGUA